UGACCUGCUUACGCAGGAAUCUGAAACACUGGGAAUUGUGUUAUAUGAACGCCAUUUUGAUUCUAUUGAUAGGUCACAGUGCACGUUUUAUUCUAAAUGUGAGCCAUAAUGAGGGUCAGGUACCCGUAGUUUCCUGAUCAGCUUACUUUGUAUAGGUCAGCCGCUGUAUAAUACGUAUCGUCUUUGAGACCAGACUGCCCCCACAGGCAAGAUAAAUAGGGUGGUCCCACGAAGAGGAACGCAGCACACCGUGUACUAUAGUGGAAUGAUAACGAGGUAGCUGCUUAUAUGCUGUUUCGAAUACGUGUGCUAAUAUUGAGAUUGUAGGAAAUAUUUAUUGUAAUGGUGUUUGUUUUGUAUCGUUCAUGUUACAGGUUGGACAAAGCACUGACACCCCCUCUGGCUGUUAGUAGUCGCCGAGCUCCAGCUGAUUGCGUUGAGUCCCUUGUGGACACUUGAAUGAUCAAUUAAUCCAAACUGAGCAGUUUAUGACUAUUCGGAUCGCUGUGGCCGCUCGUGUCGGCAAAGCCAUCCACCUUUUUUGACCGAGGACUAUUUAUAGAAGCGGAUAUCUUCUACUUUGAGUUGGCUGAAGAUCCUUUACAAAGACAAGGCCCCUGUCUCCUCCCCAGCCUCGCUUACCAUCAUUUUAUUGAAGACAUGGGGGAUACUGGUAGUGAGCGCAGCAAACCUUUACCAACUCGGUGUCCCUGUGGAUUUUGGGGGUCCAGUAAAACCAUGAACCUCUGCUCAAAAUGUUUUGCUGAUAUCGAGAAGAAGCAGACAGACGAGGACUGUGCCCCAAAACCCAGCCCGAGCACUGGGAGUAGCCAAUCGGCUGUCUUCAGUAGCGAGAUGACCAGCAGCAGUAGCCAAUCCUUAUUGUCGUCACCACCCACUAGCUCCGAGCAGCCAUCGGCAUCACCCGAAGACCCUGUCCCCAUGUUAUCCACUACACAGGAGGGAGUAUUGUCAUGUACAGAAACCGCCCAAGGCACCCUCUGUACGCCCACAAAACGGCCUUGCGAAUCAGGGCCGGAGAGCGAGGCGUCACCGGAGAAACGGGCACGGGGGGACUCUGAGGGGGAGGCGGCUAGCGAGGAGGCUAGCCGAGGACCCAAGCAGAGAAACCGCCGGCGCUGCUAUCGCUGCCAAACCAAACUGGAGCUGGUGCAGCAGGAACUGGGCUCCUGUCGCUGCGGCUACGUGUUCUGCAUGCUCCACCGUCUACCUGAGCAGCACGACUGCCUGUUCGACCACCUGGGGCGCGGGCGCGAGGAGGCCGUCCUCAAGAUGGUGAAGCUGGACCGCAAGGUGGGCCGCUCGUGCCAGCGCAUUGGAGAAGAGUGCUCCUGAGUUGCCCCCGUUGACCGCCGGUCUCCACACGAGGCACUUCAAGAGAGGGGGAAGGGAGCGAGGGAGGGGGGGAGAAGAGGGAGAGAGCAUGGUUGUAAUAGACCCACCAUUCUGGAUCUGACCAUUGUUGAUCCACUCCUGUUAGUCUUGACAGUUUGGACUGACUUGGACACUGUCACCAUGGAAACCUCUGGAGCCACGCUCAGUCACUAUCGCAUGUUCAUUUUCACAGCCUUAACUCGCCCGAACUUCAGAUUCAACAAGGACCCUGUAAAGAAGGAUCGGUCAGGUAUUAUUAUUUAAAUUUUUUAGCACACCAUAGCGCAACAACACUCCUCUUUUCCCUCUGCUUCACUGAUCACGAAAGACUGUCUGCAACAGUACUUUCUAUAUGAAACUGACCAAUCUCUCAUUACCGGCUCCUUGGUCGUCUUUGUCAGCAGGUUUUCACUAUGUCAAUGGUCACUGAGGAACGGAACAUAGCCCUGUCUGUCCCUAGACAACUCCACAGGUUGUAGGAGGGUGGGAUAUUGACCUUUAACCCCCCACACCUUUUCUCCUUUCCUUGCCCAAUGGCUCCUGCAUGGCAUUGGAUUGAAUUGGCAUGUAUGUGUUGCGUAAGGACGUCGUCCCACUGGUCCUGGGUCAGUUGUGUGGCCGUGUUUGUUCCUAUGAGACUGACAGACUGGUUUGACCACUAACCUUUGUACUGCAACCAGCCUCCUCAUCCUCCUCUGCUCCUCUCAGUUGGAUCAGAGUAUGAACAAAUGGACUAGAGACACACACAAGCAGAACCUCUCUGAAGCAGAAGCUCUUCUCUGCCUGCUGCCCUUUGAAUGAGUGAUGCUGUUCGUGCUCUUUCUGUUUUGUAAUACCCCCUGCACUGUCCUUUACUCCCUCUUCUAUACAUACAACAUCCCUGACUCCUUGGACUGUCAAACCAUGGCUCUGUUCAUAUGGCCAUACUAGAAUACCACUUAGAAUGCAUGCCUGAUACAUUGGUUCAUUCUAAGUAGUAUACUGCUAGUCUGUUCCAUAUCAUUCUCCUCCUCCUACCCUAGUCAUACUACUUUACUGUGCUGGUCCCAAUGCUCAUCUCAUUCUUCACUCACUCACUCCCCCUCUUCUCUGCUUCCUUCGACUCUCACUGGCCCCCUUCUGGUUCGAGGAAAGAUUGAAGGAUAGAGGGAGUGAUGUGUAGAAUGGUAAAAAAAAAAAAGAGCAGACUGUGGCUGGUUUUUGAUAUUUUUGCGACCUGUUCUCUCGAGUGCUAAUGGAAGAAAUUAAUAUCUUUCUGCAUCUUAAAAUAAAUUGUAUUUAACCAUAUGGUUUUGAUUUACUUACACAUUAGCAUAGAGCUGCAUAUUUAGUUAAAUGUAUUACAAAAAAAAAAGUUAUCCUUUUAUUGUGUUUUGCCUUUUUGCUGAGGAUGAUUAAACUGGAUUAGAGGAAUGGGUAGUCUGUGUGGUCUUUAACAUUGAAUUAUGAUGGGAAAAUAAGGGGAAACACUUGCAUUCAUUUCUACAGAAACUUUUAAGCAGUCCAUCAAAACAAGUGACAACGGAAAGUGCAAACCUGAUUCCAUGGUGAAUUUGGCAAAUGUCCGUAAUGAAAAAUAAAAAGCUCUAAAAUUGA